AUGGAUACCCUCGUAGAGUUGAUGCCAACGAGGGCGAAGGGAAGCAGGCGAAGAGUGAGGAGUGGAAAGGAGGCAGACAGAGAGAGCAAGGAGGGAGCCGUACAGGUCAGUGAGGGCAGUGAGGGCGGAGAUGGUGGAGGGGAUAGAGCCAGUGAAGCCAUUCAGACCGGCCCUCCUGGAGGAGGGAGAGGGGGGGCGAGAGAAGGAAUGAGCGCACUGCUGGCUGGUAAGCAAGGGGGUGGGGCUGGGCACAGGGCGGUAAGGGGAAGGCACGUGUGGUGGCACGUGUGGUGGCACGUGUGGUGGCACGUGUGGUGGCACGUGUGGUGGCACGUGUGGUGGCACGUGUGGUGGCACGUGUGGCGGCACGUGUGGUGGCACGUGUGGUGGCACGUGUGGUGGCACGUGUGGUGGCACGUGUGGUGGCACGUGUGGUGGCACGUGUGGUGGCACGUGUGGUGGCACGUGUGGUGGCACGUGUGGUGGCACGUGUGGUGGCACGUGUGGUGGCACGUGUGGGGCACGUGUGGUGGCACGUGUGGUGGCACGUGUGGUGGCACGUGUGGUGGCACGUGUGGUGGCACGUGUGGUGGCACGUGUGGUGGCACGUGUGGUGGCACGUGUGGUGGCACGUGUGGUGGCACGUGUGGUGGCACGUGUGGCGGCACGUGUGGUGGCACGUGUGGUGGCACGUGUGGCGGCACGUGUGGUGGCACGUGUGGUGGCACGUGUGGUGGCACGUGUGGUGGCACGUGUGGCGGCACGUGUGGUGGCACGUGUGGUGGCACGUGUGGUGGCACGUGUGGUGGCACGUGUGGUGGCACGUGUGGUGGCACGUGUGGUGGCACGUGUGGCGGCACGUGUGGUGGCACGUGUGGUGGCACGUGUGGUGGCACGUGUGGUGGCACGUGUGGUGGCACGUGUGGUGGCACGUGUGGUGGCACGUGUGGUGGCACGUGUGGUGGCACGUGUGGUGGCACGUGUGGUGGCACGUGUGGUGGCACGUGUGGUGGCACGUGUGGUGGCACGUGUGGUGGCACGUGUGGUGGCACGUGUGGUGGCACGUGUGGUGGCACGUGUGGUGGCACGUGUGGUGGCACGUGUGGUGGCACGUGUGGUGGCACGUGUGGUGGCACGUGUGGUGGCACGUGUGGUGGCACGUGUGGUGGCACGUGUGGUGGCACGUGUGGUGGCACGUGUGGUGGCACGUGUGGUGGCACGUGUGGUGGCACGUGUGGUGGCACGUGUGGUGGCACGUGUGGUGGCACGUGUGGUGGCACGUGUGGUGGCACGUGUGGUGGCACGUGUGGUGGCACGUGUGGUGGCACGUGUGGUGGCACGUGUGGUGGCACGUGUGGUGGCACGUGUGGUGGCACGUGUGGUGGCACGUGUGGUGGCACGUGUGGUGGCACGUGUGGUGGCACGUGUGGUGGCACGUGUGGUGGCACGUGUGGUGGCACGUGUGGUGGCACGUGUGGUGGCACGUGUGGUGGCACGUGUGGUGGCACGUGUGGUGGCACGUGUGGUGGCACGUGUGGUGGCACGUGUGGUGGCACGUGUGGUGGCACGUGUGGUGGCACGUGUGCACGUGUGGUGGCACGUGUGGUGGCACGUGUGGUGGCACGUGUGGUGGCACGUGUGGUGGCACGUGUGGUGGCACGUGUGGUGGCACGUGUGGUGGCACGUGUGGUGGCACGUGUGGCGGCACGUGUGGUGGCACGUGUGGUGGCACGUGUGGUGGCACGUGUGGUGGCACGUGUGGUGGCACGUGUGGUGGCACGUGUGGUGGCACGUGUGGUGGCACGUGUGGUGGCACGUGUGGUGGCACGUGUGGUGGCACGUGUGGCGGCACGUGUGGUGGCACGUGUGGUGGCACGUGUGGUGGCACGUGUGGUGGCAUGUGUGGUGGCACGUGUGGUGGCACGUGUGGUGGCACGUGUGGUGGCACGUGUGGUGGCACGUGUGGUGGCACGUGUGGUGGCACGUGUGGUGGCACGUGUGGUGGCACGUGUGGUGGCACGUGUGGUGGCACGUGUGGUGGCACGUGUGGUGGCACGUGUGGUGGCACGUGUGGUGGCACGUGUGGUGGCACGUGUGGUGGCACGUGUGGUGGCACGUGUGGUGGCACGUGUGGUGGCACGUGUGGUGGCACGUGUGGUGGCACGUGUGGUGGCACGUGUGGUGGCACGUGUGGUGGCACGUGUGGUGGCACGUGUGGUGGCACGUGUGGUGGCACGUGUGGUGGCACGUGUGGCGGUACGCACAGCCAGUGUGCUUCCCAAGGCAGUGUGCUUCCCAAGCCAGUGUGCUUCCCAAACCAGUGUGUUUCCCAAGGUAGUGUGCUUCCUAAGGCAGUGUGCUUCCCAAGGCAGUGUGCUUCCCAAGGCAGUGUGCUUCCCAAGGCAGUGUGCUUCCCAAGCCAGUGUGCUUCCCAAGCCAGUGUGCUUCCCAAGGCAGUGUGCUUCCCAAGGCAGUGUGCUUCCCAAGGCAGUGUGCUUCCCAAGGCAGUGUGCUUCCCAAGGCAGUGUGCUUCCCAAGGCAGUGUGCUUCCCAAGGCAGUGUGCUUCCCAAGCCAGUGUGCUUCCCAAGCCAGUGUGCUUCCCAAGGCAGUGUGCUUCCCAAGGCAGUGUGCUUCCCAAGGCAGUGUGCUUCCCAAGGCAGUGUGCUUCCCAAGCCAGUGUGCUUCCCAAGGCAGUGUGCUUCCCAAGGCAGUGUGCUUCCCAAGGCAGUGUGCUUCCCAAGCCAGUGUGCUUCCCAAGCCAGUGUGCUUCCCAAGCCAGUGUGCUUCUCAAGCCAGUGUGCUUCCCAAGCCAGUGUGCUUCCCAAGCCAGUGUGCUUCUCAAGGCAGUGUGCUUCCCAAGCCAGUGUGCUUCCCAAGCCAGUGUGCUUCCCAAGCCAGUGUGCUUCCCAAGGCAGUGUGCUUCCCAAGGCAGUGUGCUUCCCAAGGCAGUGUGCUUCCCAAGGCAGUGUGCUUCCCAAGCCAGUGUGCUUCCCAAGCCAGUGUGCUUCCCAAGGCAGUGUGCUUCCCAAGCCAGUGUACUUCCCAAGCCAGUGUGCUUCCCAAGCCAGUGUGCUUCCCAAGCCAGUGUGCUUCUCAAGCCAGUGUGCUUCCCAAGCCAGUGUGCUUCCCAAGCCAGUGUGCUUCUCAAGGCAGUGUGCUUCCCAAGCCAGUGUGCUUCCCAAGCCAGUGUGCUUCCCAAGCCAGUGUGCUUCCCAAGGCAGUGUGCUUCCCAAGGCAGUGUGCUUCCCAAGGCAGUGUGCUUCCCAAGCCAGUGUGCUUCCCAAGCCAGUGUGCUUCCCAAGCCAGUGUGCUUCCCAAGGCAGUGUGCUUCUCAAGGCAGUGUGCUUCCCAAGCCAGUGUGCUUCCCAAGCCAGUGUGCUUCCCAAGCCAGUGUGCUUCCCAAGGCAGUGUGCUUCCCAAGCCAGUGUGCUUCCCAAGCCAGUGUGUUUCCCAAGGUAAUGUGCUUCCCAAGGCAGUGUGCUUCCCAAGGCAGUGUGCUUCCCAAGGCAGUGUGCUUCCCAAGCCAGUGUGCUUCCGAAGCCAGUGUGCUUCCCAAGCCAGUGUGCUUCCCAAGGCAGUGUGCUUCCCAAGCCAGUGUGCUUCCCAAGCCAGUGUGCUUCCCAAGGCAGUGUGCUUCCCAAGGCAGUGUGCUUCCCAAGGCAGUGUGCUUCCCAAGGCAGUGUGCUUCCCAAGCCAGUGUGCUCCCCAAGCCAGUGUGCUUCCCAAGCCAGUGUGCUUCCCAAGCCAGUGUGCUUCCCAAGCCAGUGUGCUUCCCAAGCCAGUGUGCUUCUCAAGCCAGUGUGCUUCCCAAGCCAGUGUGCUUCCCAAGCCAGUGUGCUUCUAAAGGCAGUGUGCUUCCCAAGCCAGUGUGCUUCCCAAGCCAGUGUGCUUCCCAAGCCAGUGUGCUUCCCAAGGCAGUGUGCUUCCCAAGGCAGUGUGCUUCCCAAGGCAGUGUGCUUCCCAAGCCAGUGUGCUUCCCAAGCCAGUGUGCUUCCCAAGCCAGUGUGCUUCCCAAGCCAGUGUGCUUCCCAAGGCAGUGUGCUUCCCAAGCCAGUGUGCUUCCCAAGGCAGUGUGCUUCCCAAGCCAGUGUGCUUCCCAAGCCAGUGUGCUUCCCAAGCCAGUGUGCUUCCCAAGCCAGUGUGCUUCCCAAGCCAGUGUGCUUCUCAAGCCAGUGUGCUUCCCAAGCCAGUGUGCUUCCCAAGCCAGUGUGCUUCUCAAGGCAGUGUGCUUCCCAAGCCAGUGUGCUUCCCAAGCCAGUGUGCUUCCCAAGCCAGUGUGCUUCCCAAGGCAGUGUGCUUCCCAAGGCAGUGUGCUUCCCAAGGCAGUGUGCUUCCAAAGCCAGUGUGCUUCCCAAGCCAGUGUGCUUCCCAAGCCAGUGUGCUUCCCAAGGCAGUGUGCUUCCCAAGGCAGUGUGCUUCCCAAGCCAGUGUGCUUCCCAAGCCAGUGUGCUUCCCAAGCCAGUGUGCUUCCCAAGGCAGUGUGCUUCCCAAGCCAGUGUGCUUCCCAAGCCAGUGUGUUUCCCAAGGUAAUGUGCUUCCCAAGGCAGUGUGCUUCCCAAGGCAGUGUGCUUCCCAAGCCAGUGUGCUUCCCAAGCCAGUGUGCUUCCCAAGGCAGUGUGCUUCCCAAGCCAGUGUGCUUCCCAAGCCAGUGUGCUUCCCAAGGCAGUGUGCUUCCCAAGGCAGUGUGCUUCCCAAGGCAGUGUGCUUCCCAAGCCAGUGUGCUUCCCAAGCCAGUGUGCUUCCCAAGGCAGUGUGCUUCCCAAGGCAGUGUGCUUCCCAAGGCAGUGUGCUUCCCAAGGCAGUGUGCUUCCCAAGCCAGUGUGCUUCCCAAGCCAGUGUGCUUCCCAAGCCAGUGUGCUUCCCAAGCCAGUGUGCUCCCCAAGCCAGUGUGCUUCCCAAGCCAGUGUGCUUCCCAAGCCAGUGUGCUUCCCAAGCCAGUGUGCUUCCCAAGCCAGUGUGCUUCCCAAGCCAGUGUGCUUCUCAAGCCAGUGUGCUUCCCAAGCCAGUGUGCUUCCCAAGCCAGUGUGCUUCUCAAGGCAGUGUGCUUCCCAAGCCAGUGUGCUUCCCAAGCCAGUGUGCUUCCCAAGCCAGUGUGCUUCCCAAGGCAGUGUGCUUCCCAAGGCAGUGUGCUUCCCAAGGCAGUGUGCUUCCAAAGCCAGUGUGCUUCCCAAGCCAGUGUGCUUCCCAAGCCAGUGUGCUUCCCAAGGCAGUGUGCUUCCCAAGGCAGUGUGCUUCCCAAGCCAGUGUGCUUCCCAAGCCAGUGUGCUUCCCAAGCCAGUGUGCUUCCCAAGGCAGUGUGCUUCCCAAGCCAGUGUGCUUCCCAAGCCAGUGUGUUUCCCAAGGCAGUGUGCUUCCCAAGCCAGUGUGCUUCCCAAGCCAGUGUGCUUCCCAAGGCAGUGUGCUUCCCAAGGCAGUGUGCUUCCCAAGGCAGUGUGCUUCCCAAGCCAGUGUGCUUCCCAAGCCAGUGUGCUUCCCAAGGCAGUGUGCUUCCCAAGGCAGUGUGCUUCCCAAGCCAGUGUGCUUCCCAAGGCAGUGUGCUUCCCAAGGCAGUGUGCUUCCCAAGGCAGUGUGCUUCCCAAGCCAGUGUGCUUCCCAAGCCAGUGUGCUCCCCAAGCCAGUGUGCUUCCCAAGCCAGUGUGCUUCCCAAGCCAGUGUGCUUCCCAAGCCAGUGUGCUUCCCAAGCCAGUGUGCUUCUCAAGCCAGUGUGCUUCCCAAGCCAGUGUGCUUCCCAAGCCAGUGUGCUUCUAAAGGCAGUGUGCUUCCCAAGCCAGUGUGCUUCCCAAGCCAGUGUGCUUCCCAAGCCAGUGUGCUUCCCAAGGCAGUGUGCUUCCCAAGGCAGUGUGCUUCCCAAGGCAGUGUGCUUCCCAAGCCAGUGUGCUUCCCAAGCCAGUGUGCUUCCCAAGCCAGUGUGCUUCCCAAGGCAGUGUGCUUCCCAAGGCAGUGUGCUUCCCAAGGCAGUGUGCUUCCCAAGCCAGUGUGCUUCCCAAGCCAGUGUGCUUCCCAAGCCAGUGUGCUUCCCAAGGCAGUGUGCUUCUCAAGGCAGUGUGCUUCCCAAGCCAGUGUGCUUCCCAAGCCAGUGUGCUUCCCAAGCCAGUGUGCUUCCCAAGCCAGUGUGCUUCCCAAGGCAGUGUGCUUCUCAAGGCAGUGUGCUUCCCAAGCCAGUGUGCUUCCCAAGCCAGUGUGCUUCCCAAGCCAGUGUGCUUCCCAAGGCAGUGUGCUUCCCAAGCCAGUGUGCUUCCCAAGCCAGUGUGUUUCCCAAGGUAAUGUGCUUCCCAAGGCAGUGUGCUUCCCAAGGCAGUGUGCUUCCCAAGGCAGUGUGCUUCCCAAGCCAGUGUGCUUCCGAAGCCAGUGUGCUUCCCAAGCCAGUGUGCUUCCCAAGGCAGUGUGCUUCCCAAGCCAGUGUGCUUCCCAAGCCAGUGUGCUUCCCAAGGCAGUGUGCUUCCCAAGGCAGUGUGCUUCCCAAGGCAGUGUGCUUCCCAAGCCAGUGUGCUUCCCAAGCCAGUGUGCUCCCCAAGCCAGUGUGCUUCCCAAGCCAGUGUGCUUCCCAAGCCAGUGUGCUUCCCAAGCCAGUGUGCUUCCCAAGCCAGUGUGCUUCUCAAGCCAGUGUGCUUCCCAAGCCAGUGUGCUUCCCAAGCCAGUGUGCUUCUAAAGGCAGUGUGCUUCCCAAGCCAGUGUGCUUCCCAAGCCAGUGUGCUUCCCAAGCCAGUGUGCUUCCCAAGGCAGUGUGCUUCCCAAGGCAGUGUGCUUCCCAAGGCAGUGUGCUUCCCAAGCCAGUGUGCUUCCCAAGCCAGUGUGCUUCCCAAGCCAGUGUGCUUCCCAAGCCAGUGUGCUUCCCAAGGCAGUGUGCUUCCCAAGCCAGUGUGCUUCCCAAGGCAGUGUGCUUCCCAAGCCAGUGUGCUUCCCAAGCCAGUGUGCUUCCCAAGCCAGUGUGCUUCCCAAGCCAGUGUGCUUCCCAAGCCAGUGUGCUUCUCAAGCCAGUGUGCUUCCCAAGCCAGUGUGCUUCCCAAGCCAGUGUGCUUCUCAAGGCAGUGUGCUUCCCAAGCCAGUGUGCUUCCCAAGCCAGUGUGCUUCCCAAGCCAGUGUGCUUCCCAAGGCAGUGUGCUUCCCAAGGCAGUGUGCUUCCCAAGGCAGUGUGCUUCCAAAGCCAGUGUGCUUCCCAAGCCAGUGUGCUUCCCAAGCCAGUGUGCUUCCCAAGGCAGUGUGCUUCCCAAGGCAGUGUGCUUCCCAAGCCAGUGUGCUUCCCAAGCCAGUGUGCUUCCCAAGCCAGUGUGCUUCCCAAGGCAGUGUGCUUCCCAAGCCAGUGUGCUUCCCAAGCCAGUGUGUUUCCCAAGGUAAUGUGCUUCCCAAGGCAGUGUGCUUCCCAAGGCAGUGUGCUUCCCAAGCCAGUGUGCUUCCCAAGCCAGUGUGCUUCCCAAGGCAGUGUGCUUCCCAAGCCAGUGUGCUUCCCAAGCCAGUGUGCUUCCCAAGGCAGUGUGCUUCCCAAGGCAGUGUGCUUCCCAAGGCAGUGUGCUUCCCAAGCCAGUGUGCUUCCCAAGCCAGUGUGCUUCCCAAGGCAGUGUGCUUCCCAAGGCAGUGUGCUUCCCAAGGCAGUGUGCUUCCCAAGGCAGUGUGCUUCCCAAGCCAGUGUGCUUCCCAAGCCAGUGUGCUUCCCAAGCCAGUGUGCUUCCCAAGCCAGUGUGCUCCCCAAGCCAGUGUGCUUCCCAAGCCAGUGUGCUUCCCAAGCCAGUGUGCUUCCCAAGCCAGUGUGCUUCCCAAGCCAGUGUGCUUCCCAAGCCAGUGUGCUUCUCAAGCCAGUGUGCUUCCCAAGCCAGUGUGCUUCCCAAGCCAGUGUGCUUCCCAAGCCAGUGUGCUUCCCAAGCCAGUGUGCUUCCCAAGCCAGUGUGCUUCUCAAGCCAGUGUGCUUCCCAAGCCAGUGUGCUUCCCAAGCCAGUGUGCUUCUCAAGGCAGUGUGCUUCCCAAGCCAGUGUGCUUCCCAAGCCAGUGUGCUUCCCAAGCCAGUGUGCUUCCCAAGGCAGUGUGCUUCCCAAGGCAGUGUGCUUCCCAAGGCAGUGUGCUUCCAAAGCCAGUGUGCUUCCCAAGCCAGUGUGCUUCCCAAGCCAGUGUGCUUCCCAAGGCAGUGUGCUUCCCAAGGCAGUGUGCUUCCCAAGCCAGUGUGCUUCCCAAGCCAGUGUGCUUCCCAAGCCAGUGUGCUUCCCAAGGCAGUGUGCUUCCCAAGCCAGUGUGCUUCCCAAGCCAGUGUGUUUCCCAAGGUAAUGUGCUUCCCAAGGCAGUGUGCUUCCCAAGGCAGUGUGCUUCCCAAGCCAGUGUGCUUCCCAAGCCAGUGUGCUUCCCAAGGCAGUGUGCUUCCCAAGCCAGUGUGCUUCCCAAGCCAGUGUGCUUCCCAAGGCAGUGUGCUUCCCAAGGCAGUGUGCUUCCCAAGGCAGUGUGCUUCCCAAGCCAGUGUGCUUCCCAAGCCAGUGUGCUUCCCAAGGCAGGGUGCUUCCCAAGGCAGUGUGCUUCCCAAGGCCAGUGUGCUUCCCAAGGCAGUGUGCUUCCCAAGGCAGUGUGCUUCCCAAGCAGUGUGCUUCCCAAGCCAGUGUGCUUCCCAAGCCAGUGUGCUCCCCAAGCCAGUGUGCUUCCCAAGCCAGUGUGCUUCCCAAGCCAGUGUGCUUCCCAAGCCAGUGUGCUUCCCAAGCCAGUGUGCUUCUCAAGCCAGUGUGCUUCCCAAGCCAGUGUGCUUCCCAAGCCAGUGUGCUUCUAAAGGCAGUGUGCUUCCCAAGCCAGUGUGCUUCCCAAGCCAGUGUGCUUCCCAAGCCAGUGUGCUUCCCAAGGCAGUGUGCUUCCCAAGGCAGUGUGCUUCCCAAGGCAGUGUGCUUCCCAAGCCAGUGUGCUUCCCAAGCCAGUGUGCUUCCCAAGCCAGUGUGCUUCCCAAGCCAGUGUGCUUCCCAAGGCAGUGUGCUUCCCAAGCCAGUGUGCUUCCCAAGGCAGUGUGCUUCCCAAGCCAGUGUGCUUCCCAAGCCAGUGUGCUUCCCAAGCCAGUGUGCUUCCCAAGCCAGUGUGCUUCCCAAGCCAGUGUGCUUCUCAAGCCAGUGUGCUUCCCAAGCCAGUGUGCUUCCCAAGCCAGUGUGCUUCUCAAGGCAGUGUGCUUCCCAAGCCAGUGUGCUUCCCAAGCCAGUGUGCUUCCCAAGCCAGUGUGCUUCCCAAGGCAGUGUGCUUCCCAAGGCAGUGUGCUUCCCAAGGCAGUGUGCUUCCAAAGCCAGUGUGCUUCCCAAGCCAGUGUGCUUCCCAAGCCAGUGUGCUUCCCAAGGCAGUGUGCUUCCCAAGGCAGUGUGCUUCCCAAGCCAGUGUGCUUCCCAAGCCAGUGUGCUUCCCAAGCCAGUGUGCUUCCCAAGGCAGUGUGCUUCCCAAGCCAGUGUGCUUCCCAAGCCAGUGUGUUUCCCAAGGCAGUGUGCUUCCCAAGCCAGUGUGCUUCCCAAGCCAGUGUGCUUCCCAAGGCAGUGUGCUUCCCAAGGCAGUGUGCUUCCCAAGGCAGUGUGCUUCCCAAGCCAGUGUGCUUCCCAAGCCAGUGUGCUUCCCAAGGCAGUGUGCUUCCCAAGGCAGUGUGCUUCCCAAGGCAGUGUGCUUCCCAAGGCAGUGUGCUUCCCAAGCCAGUGUGCUUCCCAAGCCAGUGUGCUUCCCAAGGCAGUGUGCUUCCCAAGCCAGUGUGCUUCCCAAGCCAGUGUGCUUCCCAAGCCAGUGUGCUUCCCAAGGCAGUGUGCUUCUCAAGCCAGUGUGCUUCCCAAGCCAGUGUGCUUCCCAAGCCAGUGUGCUUCUCAAGGCAGUGUGCUUCCCAAGCCAGUGUGCUUCCCAAGCCAGUGUGCUUCCCAAGCCAGUGUGCUUCCCAAGGCAGUGUGCUUCCCAAGGCAGUGUGCUUCCCAAGGCAGUGUGCUUCCCAAGCCAGUGUGCUUCCCAAGCCAGUGUGCUUCCCAAGGCAGUGUGCUUCCCAAGCCAGUGUGCUUCCCAAGGCAGUGUGCUUCCCAAGCCAGUGUGCUUCCCAAGCCAGUGUGCUUCCCAAGGCAGUGUGCUUCCCAAGCCAGUGUGCUUCCCAAGCCAGUGUGCUUCCCAAGGCAGUGUGCUUCCCAAGGCAGUGUGCUUCCCAAGGCAGUGUGCUUCCCAAGCCAGUGUGCUUCCCAAGCCAGUGUGCUUCCCAAGGCAGUGUGCUUCCCAAGGCAGUGUGCUUCCCAAGCCAGUGUGCUUCCCAAGGCAGUGUGCUUCCCAAGGCAGUGUGCUUCCCAAGGCAGUGUGCUUCCCAAGCCAGUGUGCUUCCCAAGCCAGUGUGCUCCCCAAGCCAGUGUGCUUCCCAAGCCAGUGUGCUUCCCAAGCCAGUGUGCUUCCCAAGCCAGUGUGCUUCCCAAGCCAGUGUGCUUCUCAAGCCAGUGUGCUUCCCAAGCCAGUGUGCUUCCCAAGCCAGUGUGCUUCUAAAGGCAGUGUGCUUCCCAAGCCAGUGUGCUUCCCAAGCCAGUGUGCUUCCCAAGCCAGUGUGCUUCCCAAGGCAGUGUGCUUCUCAAGCCAGUGUGCUUCCCAAGCCAGUGUGCUUCCCAAGCCAGUGUGCUUCUCAAGGCAGUGUGCUUCCCAAGCCAGUGUGCUUCCCAAGCCAGUGUGCUUCCCAAGCCAGUGUGCUUCCCAAGGCAGUGUGCUUCCCAAGCCAGUGUGCUUCUCAAGCCAGUGUGCUUCCCAAGCCAGUGUGCUUCCCAAGCCAGUGUGCUUCUAAAGGCAGUGUGCUUCCCAAGCCAGUGUGCUUCCCAAGCCAGUGUGCUUCCCAAGCCAGUGUGCUUCCCAAGGCAGUGUGCUUCCCAAGGCAGUGUGCUUCCCAAGGCAGUGUGCUUCCCAAGCCAGUGUGCUUCCCAAGCCAGUGUGCUUCCCAAGCCAGUGUGCUUCCCAAGCCAGUGUGCUUCCCAAGGCAGUGUGCUUCCCAAGCCAGUGUGCUUCCCAAGGCAGUGUGCUUCCCAAGCCAGUGUGCUUCCCAAGCCAGUGUGCUUCCCAAGCCAGUGUGCUUCCCAAGCCAGUGUGCUUCCCAAGCCAGUGUGCUUCUCAAGCCAGUGUGCUUCCCAAGCCAGUGUGCUUCCCAAGCCAGUGUGCUUCUCAAGGCAGUGUGCUUCCCAAGCCAGUGUGCUUCCCAAGCCAGUGUGCUUCCCAAGCCAGUGUGCUUCCCAAGCCAGUGUGCUUCCCAAGCCAGUGUGCUUCCCAAGGCAGUGUGCUUCCCAAGGCAGUGUGCUUCCCAAGGCAGUGUGCUUCCCAAGCCAGUGUGCUUCCCAAGGCAGUGUGCUUCCCAAGGCAGUGUGCUUCCCAAGCCAGUGUGCUUCCCAAGGCAGUGUGCUUCCCAAGGCAGUGUGCUUCCCAAGCAGUGUGCUUCCCAAGCCAGUGUGCUUCCCAAGCCAGUGUGCUUCCCAAGGCAGUGUGCUUCCCAAGCCAGUGUGCUUCCCAAGGCAGUGUGCUUCCCAAGCCAGUGUGCUUCCCAAGCCAGUGUGCUUCCCAAGGCAGUGUGCUUCCCAAGCCAGUGUGCUUCCCAAGCCAGUGUGCUUCCCAAGGCAGUGUGCUUCCCAAGGCAGUGUGCUUCCCAAGGCAGUGUGCUUCCCAAGCCAGUGUGCUUCCCAAGCCAGUGUGCUUCCCAAGGCAGUGUGCUUCCCAAGGCAGUGUGCUUCCCAAGCCAGUGUGCUUCCCAAGGCAGUGUGCUUCCCAAGGCAGUGUGCUUCCCAAGGCAGUGUGCUUCCCAAGCCAGUGUGCUUCCCAAGCCAGUGUGCUCCCCAAGCCAGUGUGCUUCCCAAGCCAGUGUGCUUCCCAAGCCAGUGUGCUUCCCAAGCCAGUGUGCUUCCCAAGCCAGUGUGCUUCUCAAGCCAGUGUGCUUCCCAAGCCAGUGUGCUUCCCAAGCCAGUGUGCUUCUAAAGGCAGUGUGCUUCCCAAGCCAGUGUGCUUCCCAAGCCAGUGUGCUUCCCAAGCCAGUGUGCUUCCCAAGGCAGUGUGCUUCUCAAGCCAGUGUGCUUCCCAAGCCAGUGUGCUUCCCAAGCCAGUGUGCUUCUCAAGGCAGUGUGCUUCCCAAGCCAGUGUGCUUCCCAAGCCAGUGUGCUUCCCAAGCCAGUGUGCUUCCCAAGGCAGUGUGCUUCCCAAGCCAGUGUGCUUCUCAAGCCAGUGUGCUUCCCAAGCCAGUGUGCUUCCCAAGCCAGUGUGCUUCUAAAGGCAGUGUGCUUCCCAAGCCAGUGUGCUUCCCAAGCCAGUGUGCUUCCCAAGCCAGUGUGCUUCCCAAGGCAGUGUGCUUCCCAAGGCAGUGUGCUUCCCAAGGCAGUGUGCUUCCCAAGCCAGUGUGCUUCCCAAGCCAGUGUGCUUCCCAAGCCAGUGUGCUUCCCAAGCCAGUGUGCUUCCCAAGGCAGUGUGCUUCCCAAGCCAGUGUGCUUCCCAAGGCAGUGUGCUUCCCAAGCCAGUGUGCUUCCCAAGCCAGUGUGCUUCCCAAGCCAGUGUGCUUCCCAAGCCAGUGUGCUUCCCAAGCCAGUGUGCUUCUCAAGCCAGUGUGCUUCCCAAGCCAGUGUGCUUCCCAAGCCAGUGUGCUUCUCAAGGCAGUGUGCUUCCCAAGCCAGUGUGCUUCCCAAGCCAGUGUGCUUCCCAAGCCAGUGUGCUUCCCAAGGCAGUGUGCUUCCCAAGGCAGUGUGCUUCCCAAGGCAGUGUGCUUCCAAAGCCAGUGUGCUUCCCAAGCCAGUGUGCUUCCCAAGCCAGUGUGCUUCCCAAGGCAGUGUGCUUCCCAAGGCAGUGUGCUUCCCAAGCCAGUGUGCUUCCCAAGCCAGUGUGCUUCCCAAGCCAGUGUGCUUCCCAAGGCAGUGUGCUUCCCAAGCCAGUGUGCUUCCCAAGCCAGUGUGUUUCCCAAGGUAAUGUGCUUCCCAAGGCAGUGUGCUUCCCAAGGCAGUGUGCUUCCCAAGCCAGUGUGCUUCCCAAGCCAGUGUGCUUCCCAAGGCAGUGUGCUUCCCAAGCCAGUGUGCUUCCCAAGCCAGUGUGCUUCCCAAGGCAGUGUGCUUCCCAAGGCAGUGUGCUUCCCAAGGCAGUGUGCUUCCCAAGCCAGUGUGCUUCCCAAGCCAGUGUGCUUCCCAAGGCAGUGUGCUUCCCAAGGCAGUGUGCUUCCCAAGGCAGUGUGCUUCCCAAGGCAGUGUGCUUCCCAAGCCAGUGUGCUUCCCAAGCCAGUGUGCUUCCCAAGGCAGUGUGCUUCCCAAGCCAGUGUGCUUCCCAAGCCAGUGUGCUUCCCAAGCCAGUGUGCUUCCCAAGCCAGUGUGCUUCUCAAGCCAGUGUGCUUCCCAAGCCAGUGUGCUUCCCAAGCCAGUGUGCUUCUCAAGGCAGUGUGCUUCCCAAGCCAGUGUGCUUCCCAAGCCAGUGUGCUUCCCAAGCCAGUGUGCUUCCCAAGGCAGUGUGCUUCCCAAGGCAGUGUGCUUCCCAAGGCAGUGUGCUUCCCAAGCCAGUGUGCUUCCCAAGCCAGUGUGCUUCCCAAGGCAGUGUGCUUCCCAAGCCAGUGUGCUUCCCAAGGCAGUGUGCUUCCCAAGCCAGUGUGCUUCCCAAGCCAGUGUGCUUCCCAAGGCAGUGUGCUUCCCAAGCCAGUGUGCUUCCCAAGCCAGUGUGCUUCCCAAGGCAGUGUGCUUCCCAAGGCAGUGUGCUUCCCAAGGCAGUGUGCUUCCCAAGCCAGUGUGCUUCCCAAGCCAGUGUGCUUCCCAAGGCAGUGUGCUUCCCAAGGCAGUGUGCUUCCCAAGCCAGUGUGCUUCCCAAGGCAGUGUGCUUCCCAAGGCAGUGUGCUUCCCAAGGCAGUGUGCUUCCCAAGCCAGUGUGCUUCCCAAGCCAGUGUGCUCCCCAAGCCAGUGUGCUUCCCAAGCCAGUGUGCUUCCCAAGCCAGUGUGCUUCCCAAGCCAGUGUGCUUCCCAAGCCAGUGUGCUUCUCAAGCCAGUGUGCUUCCCAAGCCAGUGUGCUUCCCAAGCCAGUGUGCUUCUAAAGGCAGUGUGCUUCCCAAGCCAGUGUGCUUCCCAAGCCAGUGUGCUUCCCAAGCCAGUGUGCUUCCCAAGGCAGUGUGCUUCCCAAGGCAGUGUGCUUCCCAAGGCAGUGUGCUUCCCAAGCCAGUGUGCUUCCCAAGCCAGUGUGCUUCCCAAGCCAGUGUGCUUCCCAAGCCAGUGUGCUUCCCAAGGCAGUGUGCUUCCCAAGCCAGUGUGCUUCCCAAGCCAGUGUGCUUCCCAAGCCAGUGUGCUUCCCAAGCCAGUGUGCUUCCCAAGCCAGUGUGCUUCCCAAGCCAGUGUGCUUCCCAAGGCAGUGUGCUUCUCAAGCCAGUGUGCUUCCCAAGCCAGUGUGCUUCCCAAGCCAGUGUGCUUCUCAAGGCAGUGUGCUUCCCAAGCCAGUGUGCUUCCCAAGCCAGUGUGCUUCCCAAGCCAGUGUGCUUCCCAAGGCAGUGUGCUUCCCAAGGCAGUGUGCUUCCCAAGGCAGUGUGCUUCCAAAGCCAGUGUGCUUCCCAAGCCAGUGUGCUUCCCAAGCCAGUGUGCUUCCCAAGGCAGUGUGCUUCCCAAGGCAGUGUGCUUCCCAAGCCAGUGUGCUUCCCAAGCCAGUGUGCUUCCCAAGCCAGUGUGCUUCCCAAGGCAGUGUGCUUCCCAAGCCAGUGUGCUUCCCAAGCCAGUGUGUUUCCCAAGGUAAUGUGCUUCCCAAGGCAGUGUGCUUCCCAAGGCAGUGUGCUUCCCAAGCCAGUGUGCUUCCCAAGCCAGUGUGCUUCCCAAGGCAGUGUGCUUCCCAAGCCAGUGUGCUUCCCAAGCCAGUGUGCUUCCCAAGGCAGUGUGCUUCCCAAGGCAGUGUGCUUCCCAAGGCAGUGUGCUUCCCAAGCCAGUGUGCUUCCCAAGCCAGUGUGCUUCCCAAGGCAGUGUGCUUCCCAAGGCAGUGUGCUUCCCAAGGCAGUGUGCUUCCCAAGGCAGUGUGCUUCCCAAGCCAGUGUGCUUCCCAAGCCAGUGUGCUUCCCAAGGCAGUGUGCUUCCCAAGCCAGUGUGCUUCCCAAGCCAGUGUGCUUCCCAAGCCAGUGUGCUUCCCAAGCCAGUGUGCUUCUCAAGCCAGUGUGCUUCCCAAGCCAGUGUGCUUCCCAAGCCAGUGUGCUUCUCAAGGCAGUGUGCUUCCCAAGCCAGUGUGCUUCCCAAGCCAGUGUGCUUCCCAAGCCAGUGUGCUUCCCAAGGCAGUGUGCUUCCCAAGGCAGUGUGCUUCCCAAGGCAGUGUGCUUCCCAAGCCAGUGUGCUUCCCAAGCCAGUGUGCUUCCCAAGGCAGUGUGCUUCCCAAGCCAGUGUGCUUCCCAAGGCAGUGUGCUUCCCAAGGCAGUGUGCUUCCCAAGGCAGUGUGCUUCCCAAGCCAGUGUGCUUCCCAAGGCAGUGUGCUUCCCAAGGCAGUGUGCUUCCCAAGCCAGUGUGCUUCCCAAGCCAGUGUGCUUCUCAAGCCAGUGUGCUUCCCAAGCCAGUGUGCUUCCCAAGCCAGUGUGCUUCUCAAGGCAGUGUGCUUCCCAAGCCAGUGUGCUUCCCAAGCCAGUGUGCUUCCCAAGCCAGUGUGCUUCCCAAGGCAGUGUGCUUCCCAAGGCAGUGUGCUUCCCAAGGCAGUGUGCUUCCAAAGCCAGUGUGCUUCCCAAGCCAGUGUGCUUCCCAAGGCAGUGUGCUUCCCAAGGCAGUGUGCUUCCCAAGGCAGUGUGCUUCCCAAGCCAGUGUGCUUCCCAAGCCAGUGUGCUUCCCAAGCCAGUGUGCUUCCCAAGGCAGUGUGCUUCCCAAGCCAGUGUGCUUCCCAAGCCAGUGUGUUUCCCAAGGCAGUGUGCUUCCCAAGCCAGUGUGCUUCCCAAGCCAGUGUGCUUCCCAAGGCAGUGUGCUUCCCAAGGCAGUGUGCUUCCCAAGGCAGUGUGCUUCCCAAGCCAGUGUGCUUCCCAAGCCAGUGUGCUUCCCAAGGCAGUGUGCUUCCCAAGGCAGUGUGCUUCCCAAGGCAGUGUGCUUCCCAAGGCAGUGUGCUUCCCAAGCCAGUGUGCUUCCCAAGCCAGUGUGCUUCCCAAGGCAGUGUGCUUCCCAAGCCAGUGUGCUUCCCAAGCCAGUGUGCUUCCCAAGCCAGUGUGCUUCCCAAGCCAGUGUGCUUCUCAAGCCAGUGUGCUUCCCAAGCCAGUGUGCUUCCCAAGCCAGUGUGCUUCCCAAGCCAGUGUGCUUCUCAAGGCAGUGUGCUUCCCAAGCCAGUGUGCUUCCCAAGCCAGUGUGCUUCCCAAGCCAGUGUGCUUCCCAAGGCAGUGUGCUUCCCAAGGCAGUGUGCUUCCCAAGGCAGUGUGCUUCCCAAGCCAGUGUGCUUCCCAAGCCAGUGUGCUUCCCAAGCCAGUGUGCUUCCCAAGGCAGUGUGCUUCCCAAGGCAGUGUGCUUCCCAAGGCAGUGUGCUUCCCAAGCCAGUGUGCUUCCCAAGGCAGUGUGCUCCCCAAGGCAGUGUGCUUCCCAAGCCAGUGUGCUUCCCAAGCCAGUGUGUUUCCCAAGGUAAUGUGCUUCCCAAGGCAGUGUGCUUCCCAAGGCAGUGUGCUUCCCAAGGCAGUGUGCUUCCCAAGCCAGUGUGCUUCCCAAGCCAGUGUGCUUCCCAAGGCAGUGUGCUUCCCAAGGCAGUGUGCUUCCCAAGCCAGUGUGCUUCCCAAGCCAGUGUGCUUCCCAAGGAAGUGUGCUUCCCAAGGCAGUGUGCUUCCCAAGGCAGUGUGCUUCCCAAGGCAGUGUGCUUCCCAAGCCAGUGUGCUCCCGAAGCCAGUGUGCUUCUCAAGCCAGUGUGCUUCCCAAGCCAGUGUGCUUCCCAAGGCAGUGUGCUUCCCAAGGCAGUGUGCUUCCCAAGGCAGUGUGCUUCCCAAGCCAGUGUGCUUCCCAAGCCAGUGUGCUUCCCAAGGCAGUGUGCUUCCCAAGGCAGUGUGCUUCCCAAGCCAGUGUGCUUCCCAAGCCAGUGUGCUUCCCAAGCCAGUGUGCUUCCCAAGCCAGUGUGCUUCCCAAGCCAGUGUGCUUCCCAAGCCAGUGUGCUUCCCAAGCCAGUGUGCUUCCCAAGCCAGUGUGCUUCUCAAGCCAGUGUGCUUCCCAAGCCAGUGUGCUUCCCAAGCCAGUGUGCUUCUCAAGGCAGUGUGCUUCCCAAGCCAGUGUGCUUCCCAAGCCAGUGUGCUUCCCAAGCCAGUGUGCUUCCCAAGGCAGUGUGCUUCCCAAGGCAGUGUGCUUCCCAAGGCAGUGUGCUUCCCAAGGCAGUGUGCUUCCCAAGCCAGUGUGCUUCCCAAGCCAGUGUGCUUCCCAAGGCAGUGUGCUUCCCAAGCCAGUGUGCUUCCCAAGCCAGUGUGCUUCCCAAGCCAGUGUGCUUCCCAAGCCAGUGUGCUUCUCAAGCCAGUGUGCUUCCCAAGCCAGUGUGCUUCCCAAGCCAGUGUGCUUCUCAAGGCAGUGUGCUUCCCAAGCCAGUGUGCUUCCCAAGCCAGUGUGCUUCCCAAGCCAGUGUGCUUCCCAAGGCAGUGUGCUUCCCAAGGCAGUGUGCUUCCCAAGCCAGUGUGCUUCCCAAGCCAGUGUGCUUCCCAAGCCAGUGUGCUUCCCAAGCCAGUGUGCUUCCCAAGGCAGUGUGCUUCUCAAGGCAGUGUGCUUCCCAAGCCAGUGUGCUUCCCAAGCCAGUGUGCUUCCCAAGCCAGUGUGCUUCCCAAGGCAGUGUGCUUCCCAAGCCAGUGUGCUUCCCAAGCCAGUGUGUUUCCCAAGGUAAUGUGCUUCCCAAGGCAGUGUGCUUCCCAAGGCAGUGUGCUUCCCAAGGCAGUGUGCUUCCCAAGCCAGUGUGCUUCCGAAGCCAGUGUGCUUCCCAAGCCAGUGUGCUUCCCAAGGCAGUGUGCUUCCCAAGCCAGUGUGCUUCCCAAGCCAGUGUGCUUCCCAAGGCAGUGUGCUUCCCAAGGCAGUGUGCUUCCCAAGGCAGUGUGCUUCCCAAGCCAGUGUGCUUCCCAAGCCAGUGUGCUCCCCAAGCCAGUGUGCUUCCCAAGCCAGUGUGCUUCCCAAGCCAGUGUGCUUCCCAAGCCAGUGUGCUUCCCAAGCCAGUGUGCUUCUCAAGCCAGUGUGCUUCCCAAGCCAGUGUGCUUCCCAAGCCAGUGUGCUUCUAAAGGCAGUGUGCUUCCCAAGCCAGUGUGCUUCCCAAGCCAGUGUGCUUCCCAAGCCAGUGUGCUUCCCAAGGCAGUGUGUUUCCCAAGGCAGUGUGCUUCCCAAGGCAGUGUGCUUCCCAAGCCAGUGUGCUUCCCAAGCCAGUGUGCUUCCCAAGCCAGUGUGCUUCCCAAGCCAGUGUGCUUCCCAAGGCAGUGUGCUUCCCAAGCCAGUGUGCUUCCCAAGGCAGUGUGCUUCCCAAGCCAGUGUGCUUCCCAAGCCAGUGUGCUUCCCAAGCCAGUGUGCUUCCCAAGCCAGUGUGCUUCCCAAGCCAGUAUGCUUCUCAAGCCAGUGUGCUUCCCAAGCCAGUGUGCUUCCCAAGCCAGUGUGCUUCUCAAGGCAGUGUGCUUCCCAAGCCAGUGUGCUUCCCAAGCCAGUGUGCUUCCCAAGCCAGUGUGCUUCCCAAGGCAGUGUGCUUCCCAAGGCAGUGUGCUUCCCAAGGCAGUGUGCUUCCAAAGCCAGUGUGCUUCCCAAGCCAGUGUGCUUCCCAAGCCAGUGUGCUUCCCAAGGCAGUGUGCUUCCCAAGCCAGUGUGCUUCCCAAGCCAGUGUGCUUCCCAAGCCAGUGUGCUUCCCAAGCCAGUGUGCUUCCCAAGGCAGUGUGCUUCCCAAGCCAGUGUGCUUCCCAAGCCAGUGUGUUUCCCAAGGUAAUGUGCUUCCCAAGGCAGUGUGCUUCCCAAGGCAGUGUGCUUCCCAAGCCAGUGUGCUUCCCAAGCCAGUGUGCUUCCCAAGGCAGUGUGCUUCCCAAGCCAGUGUGCUUCCCAAGCCAGUGUGCUUCCCAAGGCAGUGUGCUUCCCAAGGCAGUGUGCUUCCCAAGGCAGUGUGCUUCCCAAGCCAGUGUGCUUCCCAAGCCAGUGUGCUUCCCAAGGCAGUGUGCUUCCCAAGGCAGUGUGCUUCCCAAGGCAGUGUGCUUCCCAAGGCAGUGUGCUUCCCAAGCCAGUGUGCUUCCCAAGCCAGUGUGCUUCCCAAGGCAGUGUGCUUCCCAAGCCAGUGUGCUUCCCAAGCCAGUGUGCUUCCCAAGCCAGUGUGCUUCCCAAGCCAGUGUGCUUCUCAAGCCAGUGUGCUUCCCAAGCCAGUGUGCUUCCCAAGCCAGUGUGCUUCUCAAGGCAGUGUGCUUCCCAAGCCAGUGUGCUUCCCAAGCCAGUGUGCUUCCCAAGCCAGUGUGCUUCCCAAGGCAGUGUGCUUCCCAAGGCAGUGUGCUUCCCAAGGCAGUGUGCUUCCCAAGCCAGUGUGCUUCCCAAGCCAGUGUGCUUCCCAAGCCAGUGUGCUUCCCAAGGCAGUGUGCUUCCCAAGGCAGUGUGCUUCCCAAGGCAGUGUGCUUCCCAAGCAUGUGUGCUUCCCAAGGCAGUGUGCUUCCCAAGGCAGUGUGCUUCCCAAGCCAGUGUGCUUCCCAAGCCAGUGUGUUUCCCAAGGUAAUGUGCUUCCCAAGGCAGUGUGCUUCCCAAGGCAGUGUGCUUCCCAAGGCAGUGUGCUUCCCAAGGCAGUGUGCUUCCCAAGCCAGUGUGCUCCCCAAGCCAGUGUGCUUCUCAAGCCAGUGUGCUUCCCAAGCCAGUGUGCUUCCCAAGGCAGUGUGCUUCCCAAGGCAGUGUGCUUCCCAAGGCAGUGUGCUUCCCAAGCCAGUGUGCUUCCCAAGCCAGUGUGCUUCCCAAGCCAGUGUGCUUCCCAAGGCAGUGUGCUUCCCAAGGCAGUGUGCUUCCCAAGCCAGUGUGCUUCCCAAGCCAGUGUGCUUCCCAAGCCAGUGUGCUUCCCAAGCCAGUGUGCUUCCCAAUCCAGUGUGCUUCCCAAGCCAGUGUGCUUCCCAAGCCAGUGUGCUUCCCAAGCCAGUGUGCUUCCCAGGCCAGUGUGCGUCUCAAGCCAGUGUGCUUCCCAAGGCAGUGUGCUUCCCAAGGCAGUGUGCUUCCCAAGGCAGUGUGCUUCCCAAGGCAGUGUGCUUCCCAAGCCAGUGUGCUUCCCAAGCCAGUGUGCUUCCCAAGCCAGUGUGCUUCUCAAGCCAGUGUGCUUCCCAAGCCAGUGUGCUUCCCAAGCCAGUGUGCUUCCCAAGCCAGUGUGCUUCCCAAGCCAGUGUGCUUCCCAAGCCAGUGUGCUUCCCAAGGCAGUGUGCUUCCCAAGUCAGUGUGCUUCCCAAGCCAGUGUGCUUCCAAAGCCAGUGUGCUUCCCAAGCCAGUGUGCUUUCCAAGCCAGUGUGCUUCCCAAGGCAGUGUGCUUCCCAAGGCAGUGUGCUUCCCAAGCCAGUGUGCUUCCCAAGCCAGUGUGCUUCCCAAGCCAGUGUGCUUCCCAAGGCAGUGUGCUUCCCAAGCCAGUGUGCUUCCCAAGCCAGUGUGUUUCCCAAGGUAAUGUGCUUCCCAAGGCAGUGUGCUUCCCAAGGCAGUGUGCUUCCCAAGCCAGUGUGCUUCCCAAGCCAGUGUGCUUCCCAAGGCAGUGUGCUUCCCAAGCCAGUGUGCUUCCCAAGCCAGUGUGCUUCCCAAGGCAGUGUGCUUCCCAAGGCAGUGUGCUUCCCAAGGCAGUGUGCUUCCCAAGCCAGUGUGCUUCCCAAGCCAGUGUGCUUCCCAAGGCAGUGUGCUUCCCAAGGCAGUGUGCUUCCCAAGGCAGUGUGCUUCCCAAGCCAGUGUGCUUCCCAAGCCAGUGUGCUUCCCAAGCCAGUGUGCUUCCCAAGCCAGUGUGCUUCCCAAGCCAGUGUGCUUCCCAAGGCAGUGUGCUUCCCAAGUCAGUGUGCUUCCCAAGCCAGUGUUCUUCCCAAGCCAGUGUGCUUCCCAAGCCAGUGUGCUUCCCAAGCCAGUGUGCUUCCCAAGCCAGUGUGCUUCCCAAGCCAGUGUGCUUCCCAAGCCAGUGUGCUUCCCAGGCCAGUGUGCUUCUCAAGCCAGUGUGCUUCCCAAGGCAGUGUGCUUCCCAAGGCAGUGUGCUUCCCAAGCCAGUGUGCUUCCCAAGCCAGUGUGCUUCCCAAGCCAGUGUGCUUCCCAAGCCAGUGUGCUUCCCAAGCCAGUGUGCUUCCCAAGCCAGUGUGCUUCCCAAGCCAGUGUGCUUCCCAAGCCAGUGUGCUUCCCAAGCCAGUGUGCUUCCCAAGCCAGUGUGCUUCCCAAGCCAGUGUGCUUCCCAAGCCAGUGUGCUUCCCAAGCCAGUGUGCUUCCCAGGCCAGUGUGCGUCUCAAGCCAGUGUGCUUCCCAAGGCAGUGUGCUUCCCAAGGCAGUGUGCUUCCCAAGGCAGUGUGCUUCCCAAGGCCAGUGUGCUUCCCAAGCCAGUGUGCUUCCCAAGCCAGUGUGCUUCUCAAGCCAGUGUGCUUCCCAAGCCAGUGUGCUUCCCAAGCCAGUGUGCUUCCCAAGCCAGUGUGCUUCCCAAGCCAGUGUGCUUCCCAAGCCAGUGUGCUUCCCAAGGCAGUGUGCUUCCCAAGUCAGUGUGCUUCCCAAGCCAGUGUUCUUCCCAAGCCAGUGUGCUUCCCAAGCCAGUGUGCUUCCCAAGCCAGUGUGCUUCCCAAGCCAGUGUGCUUCCCAAGCCAGUGUGCUUCCCAAGCCAGUGUGCUUCCCAGGCAAGUGUGCUUCUCAAGCCAGUGUGCUUCCCAAGGCAGUGUGCUUCCCAAGGCAGUGUGCUUCCCAAGCCAGUGUGCUUCCCAAGCCAGUGUGCUUCCCAAGCCAGUGUGCUUCCCAAGGCAGUGUGCUUCCCAAGGCAGUGUGCUUCCCAAGCCAGUGUGCUUCCCAAGCCAGUGUGCUUCCCAAGCCAGUGUGCUUCCCAAGCCAGUGUGCUUCCCAAGCCAGUGUGCUUCCCAAGCCAGUGUGCUUCCCAAGCCAGUGUGCUUCCCAAGCCAGUGUGCUUCCCAAGCCAGUGUGCUUCCCAAGCCAGUGUGCUUCCCAAGCCAGUGUGCUUCCCAAGCCAGUGUGCUUCCCAAGCCAGUGUGCUUCCCAAGCCAGUGUGCUUCUCAAGCCAGUGUGCUUCCCAAGCCAGUGUGCUUCCCAAGCCAGUGUGCUUCCCAAGCCAGUGUGCUUCCCAAGCCAGUGUGCUUCCCAAGCCAGUGUGCUUCCCAAGCCAGUGUGCUUCCCAAGCCAGUGUGCUUCCCAAGCCAGUGUGCUUCCCAAGCCAGUGUGCUUCCCAAGCCAGUGUGCUUCCCAAGCCAGUGUGCUUCCCAAGCCAGUGUGCUUCUCAAGCCAGUGUGCUUCCCAAGUCAGUGUGCUUCCCAAGCCAGUGUUCUUCCCAAGCCAGUGUGCUUCCCAAGCCAGUGUGCUUCCCAAGCCAGUGUGCUUCCCAAGCCAGUGUGCUUCCCAAGCCAGUGUGCUUCCCAAGCCAGUGUGCUUCCCAAGGCAGUGUGCUUCCCAAGGCAGUGUGCUUCCCGAGCUAGUGUGCUUCCCAAGGCAGUGUGCUUUCCAAGCCAGUGUGCUUCCCAAGCCAGUGUGCUUCCCAAGCCAGUGUGCUUCCCAAGGCAGUGUGCUUCCCAAGUCAGUGUGCUUCCCAAGCCAGUGUUCUUCCCAAGCCAGUGUGCUUCCCAAGCCAGUGUGCUUCCCAAGCCAGUGUGCUUCCCAAGCCAGUGUGCUUCCCAAGCCAGUGUGCUUCCCAAGCCAGUGUGCUUCCCAGGCCAGUGUGCUUCUCAAGCCAGUGUGCUUCCCAAGGCAGUGUGCUUCCCAAGGCAGUGUGCUUCCCAAGCCAGUGUGCUUCCCAAGCCAGUGUGCUUCCCAAGCCAGUGUGCUUCCCAAGCCAGUGUGCUUCCCAAGCCAGUGUGCUUCCCAAGCCAGUGUGCUUCCCAAGCCAGUGUGCUUCCCAAGCCAGUGUGCUUCCCAAGCCAGUGUGCUUCCCAAGCCAGUGUGCUUCCCAAGCCAGUGUGCUUCCCAAGCCAGUGUGCUUCCCAGGCCAGUGUGCGUCUCAAGCCAGUGUGCUUCCCAAGGCAGUGUGCUUCCCAAGGCAGUGUGCUUCCCAAGGCAGUGUGCUUCCCAAGGCAGUGUGCUUCCCAAGCCAGUGUGCUUCCCAAGCCAGUGUGCUUCCCAAGCCAGUGUGCUUCUCAAGCCAGUGUGCUUCCCAAGCCAGUGUGCUUCCCAAGCCAGUGUGCUUCCCAAGCCAGUGUGCUUCCCAAGCCAGUGUGCUUCCCAAGCCAGUGUGCUUCCCAAGGCAGUGUGCUUCCCAAGUCAGUGUGCUUCCCAAGCCAGUGUUCUUCCCAAGCCAGUGUGCUUCCCAAGCCAGUGUGCUUCCCAAGCCAGUGUGCUUCCCAAGCCAGUGUGCUUCCCAAGCCAGUGUGCUUCCCAAGCCAGUGUGCUUCCCAGGCAAGUGUGCUUCUCAAGCCAGUGUGCUUCCCAAGGCAGUGUGCUUCCCAAGGCAGUGUGCUUCCCAAGCCAGUGUGCUUCCCAAGCCAGUGUGCUUCCCAAGCCAGUGUGCUUCCCAAGGCAGUGUGCUUCCCAAGGCAGUGUGCUUCCCAAGCCAGUGUGCUUCCCAAGCCAGUGUGCUUCCCAAGCCAGUGUGCUUCCCAAGCCAGUGUGCUUCCCAAGCCAGUGUGCUUCCCAAGCCAGUGUGCUUCCCAAGCCAGUGUGCUUCCCAAGCCAGUGUGCUUCCCAAGCCAGUGUGCUUCCCAAGCCAGUGUGCUUCCCAAGCCAGUGUGCUUCCCAAGCCAGUGUGCUUCCCAAGCCAGUGUGCUUCUCAAGCCAGUGUGCUUCCCAAGCCAGUGUGCUUCCCAAGCCAGUGUGCUUCCCAAGCCAGUGUGCUUCCCAAGCCAGUGUGCUUCCCAAGCCAGUGUGCUUCCCAAGCCAGUGUGCUUCCCAAGCCAGUGUGCUUCCCAAGCCAGUGUGCUUCCCAAGCCAGUGUGCUUCCCAAGCCAGUGUGCUUCCCAAGCCAGUGUGCUUCCCAAGCCAGUGUGCUUCUCAAGCCAGUGUGCUUCCCAAGUCAGUGUGCUUCCCAAGCCAGUGUUCUUCCCAAGCCAGUGUGCUUCCCAAGCCAGUGUGCUUCCCAAGCCAGUGUGCUUCCCAAGCCAGUGUGCUUCCCAAGCCAGUGUGCUUCCCAAGCCAGUGUGCUUCCCAAGGCAGUGUGCUUCCCAAGGCAGUGUGCUUCCCGAGCUAGUGUGCUUCCCAAGGCAGUGUGCUUUCCAAGCCAGUGUGCUUCCCAAGCCAGUGUGCUUCCCAAGCCAGUGUGCUUCCCAAGGCAGUGUGCUUCCCAAGGCAGUGUGCUUCCCGAGCUAG